GUAUCGAGCUCCUCACUCCUUUCUUUUCUCGAGAGGCGGACUGCGAGCUCGCCACGGACUCUGAGAAAAAGAGAGGGAGGGAGGAGGCCGCCGUUAUCCAACCCCUCUCUUGCCUUGGAGAGCCUCUCCCUCCCCCUUCUCUCCGUUGCGCUGGCGGGCGCUGGUCCGAUAAUGAUCUCGCGAUUCGCCUCCUCCGCGUGCCUCGGCGUCCCCUCCGAUCGACUCCCCGUCUUCUUCGACCGCUCCGCUCCCCUGAAACCCUCCUUCGCCGGUGGGACGGGAGUGCUAGGGUUUCCUUCGACGUAUAAGAAGAAGGCUCCGAUGCUGCCGCUCUCCUCUUCUCCCGCUCGAUUCGCAAGGUUUCGUGCAUCGGUCCAGCGGGACGAGGGUUGCGAUUCAGAGCGAAGGGAUGGUAUGCCAAUUCAUGGAGUAUCAGAAACAAUUGUAGGUGUCUUGGGCGGUGGUCAGUUAGGUCGAAUGCUGUGCCAAGCAGCGAGUCAAAUGGCCAUCAAAGUAGUGACUUUAGAUCCUCUCGAAAACUGUCCUGCAAGUGCAAUAUCCUAUCAACAUUUUGUUGGGAGUUUUGAUGAUGGUGAAUCAGUUCGCGAAUUUGCAAAAAGGUGCGGCGUGUUGACUGUAGAGAUUGAGCAUGUUGAUGCUGUUGCACUUGAGAAGCUUGAGCAACAAGGGAUAGAUUGCCAACCUAAAGCUUCUACCAUAAAGAUAAUCCAAGACAAGUAUUUGCAGAAGGUUCAUUUUUCUCAGCAUGGUGUUCCACUUCCUGAUUUUAUGCAGAUAGAUGAUUUAGCAAGUGCUGAGAAAGCUGGGGACUUGUUUGGCUAUCCCCUGAUGAUCAAAAGCAAGAGGCUGGCUUAUGAUGGGCGUGGAAACGCUGUUGCUCACAACAAAGAGGAUCUUCCUUCUGUUGUUACUGCUUUGGGAGGAUUUAAUCAUGGCUUAUAUGUUGAGAGGUGGACACCAUUUGUGAAGGAGCUGUCAGUCAUUGUAGCAAGGGAUAGAGACAACUCAAUACAAUGCUAUCCUGUGGUCGAGACUAUUCAUAAGGAUAACAUCUGUCACAUAGUUGAAGCUCCUGCUAAUGUAUCUGGGAAAAUAAAGAAACUUUCCAUUGAUGUUGCUCAGAGAGCUGUCACGUCAUUAGAGGGGGCUGGUGUUUUUGCAGUAGAACUAUUUCUAACAAGAGAUGGACAGGUUUUAUUGAAUGAAGUAGCUCCUAGACCUCACAAUAGUGGGCAUCACACAAUUGAGUCGUGCUAUACUUCACAAUAUGAACAACAUUUGCGAGCUGUUCUUGGUCUUCCACUUGGUGACCCAUCAAUGAAAAGCGCUGCUGCAAUCAUGUACAACAUAUUGGGCGAACAUGAGGGAGAAGCAGGGUUCUAUUUAGCUCAUCAGCUGAUUGGAAGGGCAUUGAAUAUUCCUGGGGCCACUGUUCACUGGUAUGAUAAACCAGAAAUGCGGAAGCAACGAAAGAUGGGUCAUAUCACAAUUGUAGGCCCUUCAAUGAACAUUGUAAGAACACGCCUAAACUUAAUGUUGGAAAAAGAAACAACAGGAAACCACGCUGUAGUCAGUCCACGUGUUGCUAUAAUAAUGGGAUCUGAUUCAGAUCUUCCUACAAUGAAAGGUGCCUUGGAGAUUUUGAAAAAUUUUGAUGUGCCUUUUGAGGUCACAAUUGUUUCAGCACACCGUACGCCGGAGAGGAUGUAUUCUUUUGCUACAUCUGCAAAAGAAAGAGGUAUCCAGAUAAUCAUUGCUGGUGCUGGUGGUGCAGCACAUUUACCAGGAAUGGUGGCUUCAUUGACACCGUUGCCUGUGAUAGGAGUCCCGAUAAGAACCUCAUCAUUGGAUGGUGUUGACUCCCUCUUAUCUAUUGUUCAGAUGCCGAAAGGUGUACCUGUUGCAACUGUUGCGAUAGGAAAUGCAGCAAAUGCAGCUUUAUUAGCUGUUAGGAUCCUGGCUGCUGGGGAUGCUGAUUUGUGGGACAGGGUGGUCAGUUACCAAGAGGAUAUGAAGGACACUGUACUGAGAAAAGCAGAAAAACUUGAGGGGGAAGGUUGGGAGAGAUAUUUGAAUCUCUGAUUCCCAUGUGCUUAUUCUGCAGGUGAGUUGUUAUUAUCUUUAUCGCAAGUCCAGGAUUUUUUAAACAAUCAAAAUCAAUCAACAAAUGAGACAUGGAGUUCCAAAAAUGAGACUCUACAGUACAGAAUUUUUCUGCCACCCAACAAAGAGCACGAUCAGCAAAAUUAGAACAUCUUGUUCAGAGAAAAAUGAUUCUCUCUGAAGGAGUGUCUUGUAUCAUUUGUAUGUGAUAUGCUGCUGAUAAUUUCAGGCUCCAAAUUCCUGGGUGCAUUUGAUUGUUGAAUGUGUGGGACCCUUCAAAAUUUUGUUUCUCUCAUUUUUAUUUAGAACUCAUUGUUAUGAGGAUGGAGAUUGAAUUUGGUCUUAUGCUGAGUUAUAAGCGGAGCAACUUGUGUAAUAGAGUGAGGCUGUACAUUCUGCAGCGGGUGGUUGUAUCAUCAUAAACAGAACCUUUUUUUUUCUGAUUGUAGAAUGUAUCCAACUUUGUUGUAUCCUACCUUCAUCCAGAAAGAUGGCACCAUAUUUAUCUGAUGGUGGUUGCUGGUUAA